UGAUUCCAUCAAAUCUCCCAGCAAUUAGCUCAGCUGGACCAUGCAGGCUUUCAUCAAAUCUCCCAGCAAUUUUUUGGGCCUUUGGGGUUGGGCCCAAAAGUAAAUGCUUGGACUUCACUGGGCUCUGCCCCUGAUUACACAAAAACUUACGUGUCAUAGUUUUUACUAAAAUCCAUUUUCCCCAAAAGAAAUAGUUCAGAAUAUACCCUUAUCACAAAAUAGACAUUGAAUGAACUGCAACAGGCUAAUUCUUAUUCCAAAUAAACUUGGGUUACGCUAGUGAAUCAACACUUGAAAGCUGUUUUAACUUACCGAUUCGUUCAAUGGUAAUCAAUUUUUACUCAAAAAUUGUAUUAGCAUAAGCCAUUACCCUAGAAAUAUCGUAAAAUGAAAAGAUACAAUCAAGAAAUACCGACAACUAAUAAAUUUCAUUAUGGAAUUCAUCUUAACUUGAUUCAAAAGCAAUGCAAAAACUAUAAAUGUAAGAAGUGCAAGAAAUCCUAGCUAUGCUCCAUUACGAGUUCAUUCAACCAAUAGAGUCAAAAAAUGAAAUACAAUUCUAGGUUUUGUCUAAAUUCAACGGCAAACAUCAUACAACACAAGAAACUCUGUAUUUAUGAGGGUUAUAUAUAUAUAAAAACGAAAAUGCAUGCUUCGACUGGCGAUGUUUCGAGCAAUUUCUUCAGGAGGAAUAUUGACGAAAUGGAAAGGUGAAUCGAGGAGGAGGUCCUCCGGGAGCCUCCAUUCCAGCGAUCCUGUGGUCGUGCCAUCGAAUGCACCGAAGAGUCCGGCAAGAGAUUCGAACUCGGGUUUUCUAGAUUCUAUUAGUCUAUGGUAGAACACGCAUAGAUACCACAUAUUGGACUAAAAUUUUCUACUGUCAGGGGAUGAAUUCUACAUCUAUGAAAGGAAUGCAAUCGCCGGCUAUACGACGAUGUAAGAGAAACUACAGCAGUGACUGAGAGUGGAGGGAUGUGGUGUACAGUUGCUUUAAAGCCAGAAAUUAAUAGCUAUGUGACAACAAACAGACCACCAACAGAUUUCCCUGGGUCCCAAUUCAGAUUUUCAAUCUACAAAAACAAAUCACCACCACUCCAUUACACAUCAUUACGCGGACUAUCCAUGGCGAUUGCAACCUCUGCCUCGACUGCUCUCGUUAUACUUCCCCAGCUCUUCACCUCCACUUCUAAUUGCCGAACUUUUCCACUUCAUCGCCGGUGGUCUAUCAAGACUGACGGUGGUAGAAUUUAUGCUUCGGUAUCAGCUGCAACCUCCUUGCCCACUAGGCCGGAUGAUCUUGUCGCAUCCAUCGUUUCCAAGGUCAUGCAAACAGAUCGAGGAGUUCUACUGGCGAGAGAUGAACACCAAAAGGUAGCUGCAAUGGCCACUGAAUUGCAAAAGUUUUGUGUUGAUGAGCCUGUAAAAUGCCCACUUAUAUUUGGAGAGUGGGAUGUGCUAUAUUGUUCGAACCCUACAUCACCUGGUGGCGGCUAUCGGAGUUCAAUCGGACGCCUAUUUCUCAAAACCAAUGAUAUGAUUCAGGUUGUUGAAGCCCAUGACAUAGUGAGAAACAGAGUAUCUUUUUCAAUCCUAGGGCUCCUAGAAGGAGAAGUUUCAUUGAAGGGGAAACUAACUGCUUUGGACAAAAAAUGGAUUCAAGUAGUGUUCGAGCCACCUGAACUCAAGGUUGGAGGACUGGAGUUCACAUAUGGCGGGAAGAGUGAAGUGAAGCUGGAGAUUACAUACAUAGAUGAGAAGAUCAGACUGGGAAAAGGUUCAAGAGGUUCUCUCUUUGUUUUUCAGAGACGCAAACCAAUCUCAUGAAACACUCAUUUUUUUUAAUAAACACCUCUGUUUUACAAACUUUUCUGAUCGGUACAAAAAUAACAGAGUAAUUGCAAUAUAACACCGGUAUUUUAGUGGGACCGACCUUGUUUCAAUAUCAAGAAUUCUUCAUUUGAACGUUUCCAUGUAAGGGAGUUUGUUUCAA